AUGACUUCGCGACGGCCUAUGGAGCAGUUUGUGACGAAUGUAUACCAGCACAAGGGGGCUGAGAAGGAUAAGAAGAAGAUUGGGCAGGGCCAAGAAAGGAAAAAUAGUGUUAAGUUAGCCUCGAGUAUCGUUAAGUCAAUUUCAAUCCAAUGUAUGAUUCAGUCUGCAAUUACACUCUCUUGUCCUGAAAAAGAAUUCACCGUCGAUAUGGUUGCUAAAAACGACGAGAUACUCUAUGUUCUUCAUACAACGUCUAUUGUCCUACCUGUGAGACCAGAUACGCCACAAACAACCAAACGGGCUUAUGUGUUUAUGUUCGACCCGGUCAGUCUUUUGAGUCAUGCGGUUUCUUUACCGAGCGCUUUGAAAGAGACAGGCAUUUAA